GUCAGUCUUACAGAUCGGCUGCCUGAGGAGCAAAAACUCAGGGGAAAUUAAACCUACUAGUUUAUCCAGGAAGCGGAUGUUGUUGACGUUUUCAUCGCAUCGGCAUCCGGUUUUGAAGACAGACUAGCUCGGCAAAACAGUAGCAUACGGCGAAAUUAUCCACUUAAAACCCCGAAGGACAGAAACAAUAGCCCGGUCGGGUCCGCUGCUGGACAAUGGACGCGACUUUUGUCGAGUUGUCUCGUAUUCUCGGUCUAUCCGCUGUCGCCGGCUCGUCUAGUUAGCACAGCGGGCUAACUGGCUAAUUAACUGUUAAACCCUAACAAGUGCUCGGCUGCUGCUCUCACUUCACUGGAGGACGAGAUCUGCCAAGAGGAGGAAAUAAUUAACUUACAUCUUCACAGUACACACACCCGAGUCAUGACGGGAGCUGGUACGAACAGGGGCUUUAUAGGACUUGUGGUUUGAUUGACUGUGGAGUGAGUAAACGAUACGAGAGGGGGAAUUAUAAACACAGGGAUAAGACAGGGACUGUGCGCGCUGCUCGGUUUGUUUUUACAGUGACUCUUAAAUAUAAUGAUGUGUCUUGAUAACCUGAAAAAGGCUUGAAUUGUCCCUGGUUGCUGUUUCGUGAGGACCACAUCUUGAAAAUAAAAUUAUUCUAAUGUUCAUGUGUAAGUCUCAGGAUUCAUUUGAUUUAGCGGAUUUAAGGCAGAGUUGCACGUAAGGUGUAGUGUUUUGCACGUCAACGUGUCACAGCCGUGUAGGUCCGGGUGACAGCUAGGAAAAGUAAACAGGUGUGACACACCGACUUGGAGGAGAAACUUUGCACUACAACUAAUGGCUGGUACAUCGCCUUCAGUUACUCUUAGAUAUCUGAUUACUUGAAAUACCAAACUCAAAUCAAACUAUUUAACUGCAGUGUGGGCUGCAACACCUGUUUAUUGUGUUCGCAGAGGAAAACACAGAUGGAGUUUAAGUGGCCAAGAUUGAGCAACACCCUUUUAUUUCAUGAUGCCUGCACCCACUGAUGAUUAGGUGGUACAAUUUACGCAAAGCCAACAAGUGCUUUAACAUGAUCUCCCAGGCAUAGCAUUAAUGGGAUGGUGUAGGUUUCGGAUUCUUAGGUGCUUUUGUUUGUUUGAGCGGUUUGGUUAGGGCAGUGGUAAUGAAUUGGUAUUUGCUCAGUGACUGUCUGAGAGCCAAACUGUAGUUGUGUGUAUACUGCUGCGAUCUUGCCCAGCUACCACAAUGCCAGCUGUGCUGUUCUUUUCGAUGCUCCUUGGAGCAAUAUGCAGCCAGGGACAGGCCAUGUCACGGGAGGAGAAGAGCAGGUUAAGGAACCAAGUGGUUGAGAUGUUUGACCAUGCAUAUCAGAAUUAUAUGGACCACGCAUACCCAGCAGAUGAGCUGAUGCCGCUAACAUGCAGAGGAAGAGUACGUGGGCUUGAACCCAGUCGAGGUGACAUAGACGACGCUCUGGGAAAGUUCUCUCUGACCCUCAUAGACACUCUGGAUACUCUGGUGCUUUUGAACAAGACGACAGAGUUUGAGGCUGCAGUGAGGAGAGUGCUGUCAGAUGUGAGGCUGGACAACGACAUCGUGGUGUCAGUCUUUGAAACCAACAUUCGGGUUCUUGGAGGUCUGCUGGGAGGGCACUCGAUGGCUGUGAUGCUGAAGGAGGGAGGUCAACACAUGCAGUGGUACCAGGAUGAGCUCCUGCACAUGGCCAAAGACCUGGGCCUCCGACUGCUGCCAGCCUUCAACACCAGCAGUGGCCUGCCUUAUCCGAGGGUGAACUUGAAACAUGGUGUCAGGGGUCCUGAGACGAGAACCGGCACAGAAACAGACACCUGUACUGCCUGUGCGGGAACCAUCAUCCUGGAGUUUGCUGCCUUAAGUCGCUUCACUGGGGAUCCUGUGUUUGAGGCCCAUGCCCGGAGAGCCAUGGACUUUCUGUGGGAGAAGAGACAGAGAAACAGCAAUCUGGUGGGAACCACCAUCAACAUCCAUUCUGGAGAGUGGGUCCGCAGAGACAGUGGAGUUGGAGCGGGAAUUGACUCAUACUAUGAAUACCUGCUAAAGGCCUACAUCCUCUUGGGAGAUGACCUGUUUCUGCAGCGGUUCAAUAUUCACUAUGCAUCUAUAAUGAAAUACAUUAGCCAGCCUCCGCUGCUGCUCGAUGUCCACAUCCACAAACCUCUGCUUCCCGCUCGCACCUGGAUGGACUCUCUGCUGGCCUUCUUCCCUGGACUGCAGGUGUUGAAGGGAGAUAUCCGCCCUGCCAUUGAGACUCAUGAGAUGUUGUAUCAAGUUACAAAGAAACACAACUUCCUCCCAGAGGCUUUCACUACUGAUUUCAGGGUACACUGGGCCCAACAUCCCCUGAGGCCUGAGUUUGCAGAGAGCACCUAUUUCCUUUACAAGGCCACAGGAGACCCUUAUUACCUGGAGGCAGGUCGCACCAUCCUGGACAACCUGAACCGCUUUGCUCGUGUCCCCUGCGGCUUCGCUGCAAUGAAGGACGUACGCACUGGGAGCCACGAGGACAGAAUGGACUCAUUCUUCCUGGCUGAGAUGUUCAAAUACCUGUUCCUGCUGUUUGCCGAUUCAGAGGACUUACCAUUUGAUGUGGAGGACUAUGUCUUCACGACCGAGGCACACCUGCUGCCCCUGUCCCUAUCCACAGCCCCCCACUCUUCAUCUAUUCCCUCCAACAGAACGUCAGAGGAGGAGCUGGAUGACUCUAACUUUGAUUGGACCUGCCCUAACACUCGCCUCCUGUUUCCUGAUCCCGCCUUCCCUCGUAACCUGAGAGAACCAAUCCGUAGCGCUGUGGACAAGAGCUGCCCCCGUCCCGCUCCUUACAGGGAGCCCGGUAUGGGCCGCCCUCCUCUCAGGGCUCAGGAUUUCAUGGCAAACAACCCUGAACAUCUGGAGCUGCUGAGGAGGAUGGGAGUCAGUCUCAUCCACCUGAAAGAUGGCAGGGUGCAGCUGGUCCAGCACGCUACACAGGCAGUGAGUGCAGUGGCAGCAGAGGACGGUGUGCGUUUCAUGCAGGAGAUGAUGGAGCUGUCCAGCCAGCAGCAGAAAGAGCAGCUGCCUCCCAGAGCCAUUCAGAUCGUCUCACAUCCAUUCUUUGGCAGGGUUGUGCUGACUGCUGGCCCAGCACAGUUUGGCACAGACCUGUCCAAAAGUUCCACAGGGGUACGUGGCUUUGUGACUGUGGCUGAACCCUACAGUGGCUGCACUGAGAUCACCAAUGCUGAGUAUGUCCAGGGCCACAUCGCUCUGCUUCAGAGGGGACAGUGUAUGUUCGCGGAGAAGGCCAGACACAUCCAGAAGGCCGGCGCCAUUGGAGGCAUAGUCAUCGAUGACAACGAGGGCAGCAGCAGCGACACGGCUCCCCUGUUUCAGAUGGCAGGGGACGGCCGCAACACAGAUGACGUCACCUUGCCUCUCCUCUUCCUCUUCCAUAAGGAGGGCAACAUCCUGCUGGAGGCGCUGAAGGAGUACAGGGAGGUGGAGGUGCUUCUGAGCGACAAAGCCAGAGACAGAGCAGCCAUAUUCAAAGGUAAACCUCUUCCAGGCAGUCUGAUUGAGGGCAGUGUGGACGUGCAAGAAGCGGAGGAAGACUGCUUAACUGAAGCAACGACUCCCACCUCGUUUGAACCUGUCGGCCAAUCGAUAAGCACAGUGGAGCUAGACGAAUUGGCCCCCGAGGAGGUUACGCCAGCACCGGAGGAAGACAGUCCUGUAGAUGAAGACACUAGUCCCGCAGAGGAAGUUAGACCACCGGAAGAGGAAGCUGGUCCUACAGAGGCAGAGGCUGAUUCGGCCCAGCCCAAAGAGGAGAGAGACUCUGAGAAGACAGAGGAGCCUGAGGGCGACACAGACUCAAGCAGCCAGUCAGUGGAUGAACUGCUGGCUGAUUGGCGGGAAGACUUGGAGGCGUUCCAGCAGAUGGAGAAGGACGAGCUCUGACAGUCAUCGGGCAUGUCGUGUCCUGUGACUGCGGUUUGAUCCCACUAUGGGAAGAAACCUCGGAUGGGAACGCGUCUUCGCACGUCACCAGCCUCAAUCUGAAGAAGUCAAAGAAAGCUGGGGAGAUGUCGUUCAUAAGUGUUUCUUCUCUUGCUCUCUGUGUGGAUGGUAUCACGUGCCAAGGCGAGCCCACAUACUGUAUCUCUGGACCAUAAGGGAGUCCUUUUUAGCCUGGUAGAUGAUGGAUGAGAAACCAGGGUUCUUACCUCACAUUCUCAUACAGUUUCUGUUAAUCUGUUAUAACAAAUGAAUUUCGUGGACCAGACUGUAUGUAACAGCGUCUCACUUUCCACUCCAAAUUACUUCUCACACUUGUUGUUCUCUCUAUGCAUUUCUGACUCCUCUUUUGCUCAAAUGAAUGCUGGUCCAACAACUACGUUCUGACUAAUUAAUCCAUCGACCAAUUAAUUUUAUUUAAAUGUAAUGAUUUAUUUGUGAUGAUGCUUUUACUGUCGUCAUGGUCUUGGGCCUAAUCAUAUGUACACAUUGAUGUGAGUUAAGGACUUAAUUCACGUGGGGAUCUGUGAACAUUGAAUAAGCUGCAGGAUAUUUUUAUGGCUUUAUGGUAAACAGACACCAAACUUUAUCUCUCUGGAGGGUAUAUGAAGUCAUCUGUCAAUGUAAAUAUGUAUUUGUCCAGAUAUAUUGACUGAAACAAAAUAGCGCUGCUUUGCUCAGGUUCUGGUUCACCCGGCCCCCACAAACAACAACCUCUGGACCACAUCAGGUUGAGCAGACACACCCUCAGCGGCGUGGUGGGAUGAAUUACACACCCAUAAAUCGCCACAGGAGGGCGCUAUAUGCUCUGUGUCAUUCUGUAGCUGCUGACUGAUUGGAAGGAGCAGAAAUAAGCCAAUAAGAUAACAUGAUGAAAUGAAAUAAAAAUUGCGAGGGAAGUUGGGAACACUUGCUUGUUUCUUU